GCGAUAUAUGGUCGGACUGGGUGGCGUGCCCUCAGUCAUAUUGCUUGUUGUCCUGCCUUUGCUUCCGGAAUCGCCUCGUCAUUUGGUCUAUCGCGGGAAUCACGAAGAAGCACGCAAGGUUUUGCACAAGAUCUACGGCAAGGCGACAGAAGAACAAAUCGAUUUGGUGCACGCAUCGAUUGUGGACGCCUGCGACGAAGCCCGCCGAAACAACGAGAACGAAAGUCGUUGGAGCAAGAUUAAGCAGCUGCAUGGGGAUCGGGCCAAUUUGCGGGCCCUCUUCAGUGCCUGUGGCCUUAUGGUUAUUUCGCAGAUCUCUGGGUUCAACACUCUGAUGUACUACUCGUCCACUCUAUUCGACAUGGUCGGCUUCAGCGACCCGGCCGCCGUCGGAUUAGUCGUCGCGGGACCAAACCUGGUCAUGACAGGUGUCAACAUGGUCCUUGUCGACCGGAUGGGUCGACGCAGGUUGCUGCUCUGCACUGCAUGGGGCAUGUGCGCGAGUUUGAUCGCGGUCGCUGUGUCAUUCCACUUCAUCCCGGUGAACCAGCAGACGCUCGAAGUACCGGACUACGCGCACAUGUCACCCCCGACCAUCGCGGUCCUUGUCUUUGUACUCCUGUUCGUCAUCUCGUACGGUUUGUCGGUCGGCAACACGGCCUGGAUGAGCGCCGACUUCUUCCCGCUCGAAGUGCGAUCGAUGGGAACAAUGUGGAUGACCUGCUCCAACUGGGUAUCCAACGUGAUCGUGUCCAGCUCGUUCCUGUCCAUGAUGAAGACCAUGACCCCGGCUGGUACGUUCGGUUUCUACGCGGGAAUCUGCGGUGUCGGCUGGUUCUGGAUUCUGUUCUUCUACCCGGAAGUGUCCGGAUUGCCACUGGAAGAGAUUCGCGUGGUGUUUGAGCGUGGCUAUGGCCGGAAUAUGCGCACUAGACGCUGAGCUGGUGAUAGACGGUGUAGGUAGAUGAUUUAUCCAUGUACAGUAUAGUAUGAAUCUACG